AUGUCUUUUUUAAUUUCAUUACUCUCUGAUCCAGCAUUAGUUUGUCUGCUGUGCGCAGCAGUAUUAUUAGCUGUAGUCUAUUUUUCAACUGGCUAUAAAAAUUCAGCUUUUAAAUUACCUCCUGGUCCAACUCCUCUUCCGAUCAUUGGUAACCUGCACUUGGUGGAUCUUAGAAGGCAAGAUAAAUCACUAAUGAAGCUUGCAGAAAAAUACGGCCCCAUCUUCACCCUGCACUUUGGGUUCCAGAAAGUUGUGGUGCUGACCGGGUACGAAGUUGUGCGAGAGGCGCUUGUGAACUACACAGAGGAGUUUGUAGACAGACCAUCCAUCCCAAUAUUUGACCAAAUUCAGAACAAAAACGGUCUGUUCUUCUCCAUCGGGGAGCUGUGGAGGACAACGCGCAGGUUCACCGUGUCCAGCAUGCGCAACCUCGGCAUGGGCAAGCAAAUGAUAGAGGGCAGAAUCUUUGAGGAGCUCCACUUCCUCAUCGAGAUGAUCAAAUCCUUCAAAGGGGAACCUUUCAGCCUGCCCUCCUUCAACUGCGCGCCCAUCAACGUCACCUUCAUCAUGCUCUUUGGGGACAGGUUUGACUACAAGGACCCAACAUUCCUCACUCUCCUAAGGCUCAUAGAUGAAAUUAUGAUUCUUCUGGGAUCACCAAAUUUAAACUAUUUCAAUUUCUACCCGUUCCUUGGAUUUCUUUUCAAAACCCACAAGAUUAUGCUCAAGAAAAUCGAAGAUGUGCGUGCCAUUUUAAGGCAAUACAUGAAGGCCAGCAGGGAGGACAUCAAUGAGAACAGUGUGAGGAGCUAUAUUGAUGCACUGAUAUUCAAGCAACAAGAGGAGAAGCACAAGAAAGACAGCCUCUUCCAUGAUGACAACUUAAUGGCAUCCAUACUUGACCUGGUCAUGGCUGGAACAGAGACCAUUGCCACCACCCUCCAGUGGUCCAUCCUGCUGAUGAUGAAAUACCCAGAGAUUCAAAAAAAGGUCCAGGAGGAGAUUGGGAGAACGGUGAAGGCUGGGAGCUGGGCCACGUACGAGGACAGGAGGAGGAUGCCCUACACCAACGCGGUGCUGCACGAGGUGCAGAGGUUCAUCACCCUCCUGCCACACGUGCCCCGCUGCACGGCUGUUGACACCCACUUCAGGGGCUACUUCCUGCCCAAGGGUAUAAUUGUAAUCCCAUCCCUCACCUCAGUGCUGCUGGAUAAGACACAAUGGGAGACACCACAUCAGUUCAACCCCAACCACUUUCUCGAUGCUGAAGGGAAUUUUGUAAAGAAAGGAGCUUUCCUGCCUUUCUCCACAGGGCGGCGGAACUGCAUCGGGGAAAGCCUGGCCAAGAUGGAGCUCUUUGUCUUCUUUGUAGGGCUGCUCCAAACAUUCACCUUCCGACCCCAGCCGGGAGUUUCAGAGUCUGACCUGGACCUCACCGUCCCCCAGACGACUUUCACAUUGAGGCCUCAGCCCCAGGCAACCUGUGCUGUCCUGAGGGAAUAA